AUAGUUCCUCCCUCCCUGGAGUUCUUCAGCUUCUUACUGUUGACUCCAGUCCUCUCUGCAUUUCCUGCUUCAACAAAAGUUGUAACGAUGGCUACUGAUUUCCGCGGCGCGAUCACAAAACUGCAGUGGAUCAAGCGCGAGGACAACAUCGGCGAGGCCUUGAUCUAUGGGACGCAAAAUGGCUUCAUAGUGUGCUGCCGCCUGAAGGACACGGUACAUUUCUUAUCUGUGAGUGAUUACACAUGUGACAGCUUCUUACUGUUGACUCCAGUCCUCUCUGCAUUUCCUGCUUCAACACCCACUGAAGAGCGCCAAAGCUCCAAUGUUGCUGUCAACCAGACAAACGGCAUCCUGUGCGUAAGCGAUCCUUCCAGCAGCGUCCAUCUGUAUUGCUUGAUGGAAGGAGAACUGGUCAAAAGCUUCCUUGUGCCCACGGGCAAGACACAGCGUAUUCGCCAGGUGGCAUUGCUCGACUCCAAUCGCGCUAUUGUCAGCGGCAGCGACCACGGGAUUGUAUACGUAUACACUCGGUGGGACGCCUUGCUCACGAAACUUCAUGUCGAUCCGAAUGCAUGGGUGCAAAAAAUUGCAACCGCGGAUGUCGCAGGUGUCCCAACAAUAUUUGUGGCCAAGUCUGCUGAAGUGAGCAGGAGGAAUGAGGUCUUUGUAUACCGCAAGACAAUCAUCACUCUCGACCUCAUCGCCAGACUGGGAACCGUGUUGAAGUGGAUGAGCUGGACCGUUGUGAUAUUGGCAGCAUUGGCAUUUGGCUACGAGAAGGUCGUGGGGCCCAUAACUGGGCUACUGAGUACCAGCAGUGAUGAUGAAAUCGACUUUCUGCAUCGAGCUCCACCACCUCCAUCUCCACCACCAGCUGGGGAUGCCCCGCUUCACCCUCUACCCUCGCCUCCUCCUCCCCAAUCUCCUAUUGGGGUGGCAGCUCGUCGUGCUGCUGCUGGCAUCCAUCGUGUCCCUGCACCACCCAGGAGGGCUCCAGCUCCGGCUGCUGCUCCUCCCAGGCGCACUAUGGCAGAGAUCUUUGAAGAGAUCCCUGAAGACCUCAGCGACGAUGAGCUGCUUCUGAAGUCAUCCUCUGCCCUCAUUGUUGGAGUUGGGAAUCCCAGCACCAAGGCAGAAUAG